AUGGGUCCGAGAAAACCACCGAACAAGCAUCCAUUUUAUGCACCAGAGGACUCCUCCUCUCUAAAACACGUCACCAACGCAGAGGAUAUUAAGGAUUUCGCUCCUCGUCGCUCGGGUCGCGCGACUAAGAAGCCCAGCUAUCCUGGUGAUACCGAACAAGAGCAGGCGCCUGCGAAGACUAGAAAGCGGAAGGCAAAUAACCCAGCACUUGAUGAGCCGGAGCCUGAGGCAGAGCAGGAUGAGGGGCAGCAAUCUGGGCCCGACUCUGAUCCUGACAGUGAACCUGAGCCCGAACUGCCCGAGCACGUGACGAAAGACAUCAUCGCGGCGUCGCUCGAACCAUGGAAGGAAAACGAAUUGGAAGAGUGGGAUGGUUGGGCAGAGGUGGUGUCGGAUCCCAAGCUCUUCACCGACAUCUUAAGAAAGCUGGGUGUUGAGGACGCAGAGAUAAGAGAACCGCUGGACCUCGAGACGCUCGCUGCCACUUUUGAGUCUCCGGUUUAUGGGUUGGUAUUCCUUCAAAGUUACAGAAGUAUGCGGCAGGUUUGGCUCCCGCGUCAGCCCGACGACAAAUCAGAUUUGUGGUUCUCCAGGCAGACGGCUACGAAUGCGUGCGGGACCAUUGCCCUCCUGAACAUUGUCAUGAACGCCAAAGAUCUUGCUCUCGGGGAAAAGCUGAGCGAGUUCAAGGAGCAGUCCAAGGACUUGAGCCCCUCGUUCCGAGGCAACAAGGUCGCCACCAGCACCUUUAUACGAGCUGCCCACAAUAUGCACAACAGCCGCCUUGACCUUCUAAAUGCUGUUCUGGAGCUUGAACAAGACGCCAUGCGGAACAAGCGGGCCCGGGCGGCCAAGAGGGCAAGGGGAAAGGCAGCAUCUGCUAAUAGAAGACGCAGUAGUGGUGCUUCUAGUGCAGCCUAUCAUUUUGUUGCUUUUGUGCCCAUCGGUAACGGCAUCUGGCUUUUUGAUGGCUUGGACACGGAACCGGGAUACAUCUGCGACAUUGAGAAUCCCGACAACUGGUUAAUAGACAUUCAGUCGACUCUGGAAGAGUACAUGAGAGGGCGGGAAACCGAGUGCAACCUCAUGGCCCUCUGCGGGAACACCCAAACCGACAGCGACAAUAGGGCUGCCAGCCGCCAAAACGAUUUCGGACUGGCCAUUCACGAGUGGAUAAAAAGGUUGAGCGAGUCUGGUGCCCUUGACGAGCUCGUCGAGAAUUAG